CUAGCCAAAAGAAAGUUUUUGAAGUCUGAAGCGUGAAUUUACUCAGUUAAGCCACUCGAUGCCCAACCUUACUUACUCUCAAACUAUGACAACGAUGACCACAACGACGUCGUCUCCACCACUUCUGUGCUCCUUCCUCGCACCGAAACAAUUGCUCCUAAAACCUUCACUCUCUCUUCCCCAAUCUCCCAAAUCAAAACCGCUCCUCAACUCUUUCUCCGCAAAACCACCUGUCUCCAAAGCGAGAAGCACCAAUUCGAGGACCGUUUUGUGCUUCGCGAGUCGCCGAAAACCGGUUGAGUUAGCCGAAGCCUCGCCGGAGGCAGGUAGCGAUGGUAAUUUCAGGAGAAUAUUUCAAAUAGCAUUGUGGGUUGCAGAGGCCGUCUACAUUUUGUGGCUCUUCUUGCUUCCUUAUGCCCCUGGAGAUCCUGUAUGGGCAAUCAGUUCUGAAACAGUUAACAAUCUUGUGGGUCUUUCGCUCAAUUUCUUUUUCAUCCUGCCUUUCAUGAACUUUGUUGGCAUUCAUCUGAUUGAGGCCCCAGUUCUUCAUCCCAUGGCUGAAGGCCUGUUCAACUUUGUGAUUGCCUGGACAUUUAUGUUUGCCCCAGUGCUGUACACAGAUUGUAGGAGAGAUAGAUACAAGGGUUCUUUAGAUGUACUCUGGGGCCUUCAAAUGUUCCUCACAAACACAUUCUUGAUCCCAUAUAUGGCAAUCCGAUUGAACAAUGCUGACAAUGUCAGUGGUCCAAGCAAAAGGUCGGAACUGGGUUCCUUGAUGACCAAUGGUGCCUCAUAUGUUGGACUCAUUGGUGGGAUUACAUGUAUUGUGUCUAUAUUGUGGGCUCUAUAUGGCAGAACAGAUGCAAAUUUUGGUGGCAUAGCAGAUAGAUGGGAAUUCCUGGUCGGUUUCUUCGGAUCAGAAAGGUUGGCUUAUGCCUUCAUAUGGGACAUAUGUCUUUACAUGAUUUUCCAGCCAUGGUUACUUGGAGACAACCUCCAGAAUGUUCAGGAAGACAAGGUUGUCUUGGUAAAUUAUCUUAGGUAUAUACCCGUGGUUGGGAUAAUUGCUUAUCUCCUUUGCUUGGAGCCCAAAAAAGUUUAAGUGUUUAAUCAGUUUAUCUUGCAUGGAGAGCUUCUCAGCCGAAGGAGUCUUGAACAUUUUUUUAAGUGUUACUGAUUACAAAAUAUGCAAAUCAAGUGCACUUUUGUCAGUUCCUUCUUGUGGAUAUUUGUAAUCUCUUGAAAUUUUAGGCAACUUUAUUGGAGCAAUAAGAUGUAGCUUUAUGGUCCUAAGCCUUCACUUGC